GCUUGGCGCGACAAACUUGUGGCCGAACUGUUGCUGCUCUCAGAGGAGAACCAGGCCAACGGAGCGUAUGAGGGAUUCGCCUAUUUCGACGAUAACCACCAUACCGAUCGUGAUAGACAGCAAGCCAAAUCCCAGAAUUCUGCUGAUCAAAGUACCCACAAGCAGCAGCAACAACAGAAAUUGCAGCAAUUGCAACGUGACAGAGCCCAGAGCGCCUCGAACUCGCGUUAUCAGAAUACCCUUUUUACCAGGGUCGGUACCAACGCGUCCGCCAGCCAACCGGGCUUCGCCUGCAACGAGGCCUAUAGUAAAUCCGACAGAUUCGGUGACGCCAACCCGUAUCGCAACGUACACCACGACUGGGACUGCAACAUCCCAUACGCCCAAACAGACGCUGGCAGGUUUACCGACUACGGAAAUGGUGAACCAAACGGUCCCGGUUUCGAUCCCGCCUCCGGCACAGACCCUGGCGUCCAUGGCUGGUAUCCAGCUGACAGGUGCGGACGAGCCGCCAUCCCGCCGGGAUAUGAGUGGAGCAAUGCCUACUGCCACAGUUGAAGAGAUAGACGUUCCGGUGUUCAUUGAUGAAUACCUGCAAGAUAUAGAAGCAACGUCAUCUACGUGCAGCAGCGAAAACGGAAAGGAGAUUUUUACUGAGACGGAUAUUCUUGACUUUGAUAUAAACAUGUUUGCCGAGGAGGAUUUUUUCGAGUUGGACGGCAAGAAGAUGGAUCCCUACAGUCCGACGAUGGACGAGAUGAACAACGACACACUAAACGACGACUACCAACUAAUGGAUGGACUUGACUUGCCCCUGCACGGCGAGGAGGAGACCCUGGACAUGACGACGAUGUGCGGCAUCGACAUCCCCCAUCAGAACGAGGACUUCGACCUCACCUCCAUACUCACUGGUUCGCAGGACCCCAUGAUGACCACAUUCUCACAGCCUUCAUUCACAACAACUAAAAUCUUCACCGAGGAGCCCCUCAUCUCUGACGGGGCCAGCUACGCCGGCAGCACCUACGGCUGCAGCCAGGAGUCGCUCGGCUUCGGCCUAGUGGAGGACGUCAAGCCCAGCGGCAGCAUUGCCAGCACUGGCGACGACCUCGCAGUGGCCAUCCCAGCACCCAUCCAUCACAUUGCCUCGCUUAAGCGCUGCGCUCCCGCCCCAGUGGUGGAGACCCAGGCGAAGAAGCGCAGCCGGCUGGCGGUCCAGAUCAACACCCAAUUGGAACCAGUUGCCAGCGAGCCGAGCACUCCCGACAUCAUCGAGCAACUAUUGAAGUUCGAUAGGCUCGAGCCCGCCACCACCAGCACCAGCAACAGCAACACCUCCAAUGUCACCUUCACUACUGCCAUCAUUAGCCAAGCCGACAUCGUUAGGGAGCUGCGCAGCGCCGAGGAGGAGACCACCAACGACUUCUCCCCGCCUAACACUCCGCACAGCAACUACUCGGCCAGCUCCAGCAGUAUGGCGCCCACCUGCCAAACCGGCUUUGGUGGCUUCCUCACUGCACCCGCCUCACCUGCCUAUUCUGUAGCCAGUACCUCCCAGUUCAGCAACUUCGCUUCGUCCAACAAGCGGAAGCGCGGCCGUCCUGCCAAAGAUCAUGCCGACGGUCCCGAUCCCGAGCUCAUGUCUCGCAUGAGCGGCGACGAACGGAAGGCGUACCAGGACAGGAUCAAGAACAACGAGGCCAGCCGCAUCUCGCGCCGGAAGACGAAGAAGCGCGAGGAGGAGGAGAAGGAGGCGGAGGACAAGCUGAUGGCCGAGAAUCUGAGUCUGCGCGCCCAGGCCGAUGAGGUGGCGCUCAUGGAACGCAAGUACAAGAAGUACCUGAUGGAGCGCCAGCGGAAGAACAGUACCUACAUCAAGAAGGAGUAGCAUUGAGAUUCUCGUAGCCAUUUAGCCAUAAAGAUAGCAUAACUGUCGUUACCUACCGAUGUCGCAUAUUGCGGUUCAUAGCCUUAGUCCGAGGAACUAAUCCCUCGUCGUCAUCCAUUCGUUUAGUUACUUAAGUUGUCGUAGUCGUUGUAGAAGUCGAGAGAAAGAGAAGAAAGCAGAAAUCCAAUUUCCAACAUGGACAUCAAUCCCAAGCGGUUGAUGUAAAACGUAAACCAUAAUAAGCCACAUACAUAGGCAUAGAAGAAGAGGCGCCCAUCGAGCGCGAGGAGUUUUUAAUUAUAAUUGUACUUUUAUUAUGUUUGAGAAAAUUUUAAUUGUUUUUGUACCCACACACAACAUAUAUUUUUCGUCCUAAGUGUAAUCUGCAAAAAAAAAGUUUGAAAAAUCAAAAAAAAAGAUCUAUGUAAAGAU